AUGUAUAAUAAUAGUAAUAGAAAUUAUAAUGAAAAUUUAAUUUCACCAGAUCAAUCAAAUAUUUAUAACAACAAUAGCGAUGAUCACCAAAAUAAUGUAAUUUUACCAUCAGUUGCAUCUGGUUUCAAUGACGAUGAAGCAUCACCCAUUAUGAUCAAAUCGUUCGAACCACCUGCAAAUAACGAUGUGGAAUCCAAUCAGAGUUCUGCGAGUGUGGGCGAAAAACUGAAAUUUUGGAAACAACCGUUUUUCAAAGACAAAAUGGGUAUUAUCAUCUUCGUUGCCAUCGGUCUCAUCAAUGUAAUUUCCACCGGUAUACUUUUGCCAAUUCUAUUCACCUCGUAUGUCUCCUACAAGAAUCCACAUUACACUCCCUCCCAGAUAGAAUCAGAGGCAUCCCGUUUGAAAUCGAUUUCCGAUUCGAUGCCGUAUCUCGCCAACUUUAUCUUUUCGCCACUCCUCGGAAGUAUAUCUGAUCGAUACGGCCGAAAGAUUGUCCUAUUCAUCAUCCAACUCCUCCAGCUUAUCGAUGUCACCAUGAUAGGUCUGGGCUACUGGAAGAAAUUCAUCAUUCCAAUCUAUAUUUCCCAUACGCUUUCGGGUGUCUCCAAUGGUAUGCUAUCGGUGGCAUUCUCAUAUUUGGCCGAUAUCACUUCGAAAGAGGAUCGUGCACCUUGGUUCAUGGCAGUGGGUGUUGGACUUGGUUUCUCACUGAUUGUUGGACCACUCAUCUUGAUGGCACUCAUCAAGCACUCCUAUGAAUUCGCUGUCUAUGGAAGUGGUGCAUUCCUGGUGAUCUCAAUCCUCGCAUUGCUACCACUGACCAACUCGAUUCGCUAUGCCGACGGAAAGCCAAAGUCACCGGAGCAACUAGCAUCGAAAUCAUCGGCUUCACUCAACCCGUUCAAAUCGAUCUACGGUCUAUUCAAGUCAUCGAAAUACACAGUCUGCUAUGCAAUUCUAUUCAUUUCAUUUUCAUUCACCCUUCAAGAUACAGUAACCACAUCAUACUAUUACACCGAACUCAAAUUUGGUUGGGGAGCAUCACAAAACUCGAUCGUUACCUGUUUAACAGGUGUAUUUAUUGUAUUAUAUAGUGGUUUCAUCAUUCCAUUGGUUCUUAAAUUCAUCUCCGAUAGAAAACUUGUUGCUGUAUGUUUCUUUACCAGUUUUGCAUUCCACUUUUUCUAUGCUUUUGCUAUAAAUCAAUAUAUGUGGGCUGUUCCUGUUGUAGUUGGAGCAUUCUCGUUGAUUGUAAUCAAUCUGAUUCAAUCUAUCAUUUCCAAAGCUACACCAUCCAAUAUUCAGGGUGUUGUACUUUCAGGUGUCUCAUCAAUCACAUCACUCACAUCGGCAGCUGGUGCAUUUGCCUCACAGAAUUUAUUCUCAUACUUUAUCAGUAGUAAAUCACCUAUUUACUUCCCUGGAAUGCACUUCUUGAUUAAUGCAGGUAUCAUUUUUAUAACAUUCAUAUUCUCUGUCGUCAUCAUCAAGAUAUUCCCUAAUCCAGAUAAAGUUGCCAAGCUAAUUGUCGUCGACGAUGAAGAAGCAGAAAUUAAGAAACCAAUUUUAGAUGGUUAUGGAAUUGAUAACACUGAUGAUGACGAUGACAAUGAUAUUAAUUAUAAAGUUGGUGGUAUAAACUAA